AUGGUGUGCAUACGCAAGGCCACCAUAGACGACCUCCUGGCCAUGCAAGCCUGCAACCUCUUCUGCCUCCCAGAGAACUACCAGAUGAAAUACUACCUCUACCACAUCCUCUCAUGGCCUCAGCUCCUCUACGUCGCCGAAGACUACAACGGUCGCAUCGUCGGCUACGUCCUAGCCAAGAUGGAAGAGGAGAGCAACGAGUGCCAUGGCCACAUCACCUCGCUCGCCGUGCUCCGAACCCACCGCAAACUCGGCCUCGCCACUAAGCUCAUGAGCGCGGCCCAGAACGCCAUGGAACAGGUGUUUGCAGCUGAGUACGUCUCGCUUCAUGUGAGGAAGAGCAAUCGUGCGGCUUUCAACUUGUAUACGGAGACUUUGGGGUAUAAGAUUCAUGACGUUGAAGCUAAGUACUAUGCCGAUGGGGAAGAUGCGUAUGAUAUGAGGAAGGAGCUGAAGGGGAAGAAGGUACAUGGACAUAGUCAUGGACAUGGUCAUGGGCAUGGGCAUGCGCAUCAUCAUCACCAUCAUCACCAUCAUGAACAUGGAGGUGGGUGUUGUUCGGGGGAGGCAGUGAAACCGGAAAAGACAGAGGCGAAAAAGGUGGAGAGAGGGAAUGCGAAGGCGGAGGCAAGAGCGGGAUGA